AAAAUCAGCUGAAGAUAUUCGAAAAUUAAGAUAUUAUAAUCAUUUAGGACCUGUUGAUAUAAUUUAUGGUGAAUGUUCAUGUUUUGAACGAGAUAUUUUAUUAACUGAAUUUAAUAAAAAUGAUGAAAAUCAAAAUAUAAUUAGUCAACGAAUAACUAAAAAUAGUAUUUCAAGUGUUAUUAUCGAUGAAGUUGAUUCAAUGUUAUUAGAUAAAGCAAAUAUGGUUCUUUAUUUAUCACAUAGUAUUGAUACAUUAAAAUCAUUGGAAAGAAUAUUUGUUUCAAUAUGGCAAACAAUAAAUCAAUCAAUAUUUGAACAUAUAAGUAAGAAUUUUAUUGAUGAUGAUUUAAUUCAAUUUGUAUCUGAUAUGAUACUUGAACAAAUCGAUAAUAAAACAAUUGAUAUACCUGAAUAUGAUUCGAAUAAUUGUGAUUAUAUAAAUAUACGAUUAUUUAUUAAACGUCGAAUGUCUUUAUGGAUCAAAAGUGCAUUUCAUGUUAAAGAUAUGAUUCCAAAUGAUACGUAUAUUAUUACACAAGAUAAAUAUGAUAAAUCAUCGAAAUCAGAAGUUAAAAUAACUGUUAUGGAUAAAGAUACAGGAACUGAACAAUUAUCAACACGAUGGAGUAAUGGUGUUCAUCAAUUUUUACAAUUAAAACAUACGAGAAGAUUAACAUCGGAAUCACUUAAAGCUGUUUUUAUAUCGAAUAUGUCAUUUUUUAAACGUUAUAAACAUCAUAUUAUUGGUUUAACUGGUUCAUUAGGUUCUCAUGAUGAACAAAAUCUUUUGAAUCAAGUUUAUAAACUUCGAUUUUUUGAAUUACCAAGAUUUAAACAAGAAUUAUUUCGAGAAUUACACGGUGGUGUUCAUACAGAACAAGAUAUUUGGCUUGAAGCGAUUAAAAAUGCAUUAGAUAGAGAAAUACAAUUGAAAUCAAUUAAUCGAGAUAAACGACGAGCUGUUUUAAUUAUUUGUGAAAAUGUUAAAAGUGUUUUAAUUUUAAAAGAAUAUUUAGCAAAUUCAUAUCCAAAUGCGAAAGUCUAUAAAAGUGCCUAUGAAAAAUUUCAAAUUGAUAAAUUACAUCCAGGUGAUAUUAUUAUUGCAACAAAUUUAGCUGGUCGAGGUACUGAUUUAGAUACAUCGAGCAAAUUAGAAGAUAACGGCGGUUUACAUGUUAUUGCGACCUAUUUACCAACAAAUAUUCGAAUUGAAACGCAAGCAUUUGGUCGUACAGCUCGAAAAGGUAAUAAAGGUACGGGUGAAUAUAUCAUCUUAAGUCGAUAUGGUUUAUCUAUUCAACAAUUAAAACAAUGGAGAAAUAUUCAAGAAAAAGAAAGAUUAGAUUCAUUUUUAGUUCAUGAUUUACCUAAAAUCAAAAUUGAAGAAGAUUUAUUACAAGGUUUUAAUGACGGGGAAUUAUCUUGUAUUGGAUUUACAAAAUUAUAUCAAUUGAUUGAAACGAAUCUUUUAAAUGAUUUAAAUCGAUUUGUGUAUGACAAUGAAUAUAUUCAAUAUCAAUUAUAUAGUUUAAAAAAUCGAUGGGCAUUUUGGUUAGAUUCAAUGACUGAACAUAUCAAUAUGAUCAAUAUCAUUGGUAAAAAAAAAAUAAUUGAACAAUUUCAUCAAUUCCAAUCGACUAUUGAAAAAGAUUUUCAACGAAACGAUUUUAAAAGACUAAUUAUUGAACCAGCUGAAUUUAUUAAAUUAGGAAAAUAUUAUCGAGAUAAAGAAGAUUGGUCGAAAGCUUUAUUAUGUUAUCAAGAAGCAAGUAAAGAUAAAUUUUAUUCAUUUACUAAUUAUUAUCAAAGUUCAUGUAAACAAAAUAUAAAUUAUGUUAACGGAAUUAUUAGUAAACGAGAAUUUAAACGUCAUUUAAUUGAAGUUCAAUCAUCGAUUGAGAAAGAAAUGACAUUUUUAAAUAAUGCAGCUCAAGUCGCAUUUGAAAUCGGUGAAAAAAAUCGAAAAUUAGGAUUUGCCAAUUAUGGAAAUGAAUAUGAUAAACAAGUGAAAGAAAAAACAACGAUUUGGAAUAUAUUUUCCAAUACAAUAACAAAUGCAAAUGGUUGUGCCAUUGAUUCCAAAGAUUUAACAACAGUCAAAUAUCUUUCUGAUGAAAAGAAAGCCGAAAAAUUAUUUCAAAAAUUACGAGAGAAAAAAUUCAUCAAACCAACACGAAUUUCAAAGAAAUUCAAACAAGAAAUUGAAUUACCUUCGAUAUUUAAUAAUGAAAAAACAAAAAAACAAGUUCUUAUUUAUUUAAAUAGCAAAUUAAAUGAAAGAAAAGAAUUUGGUGGACAUUUAAAGGAAUUAAAUGGUGAAAUAUUUAAAAAAGAUUUGAAAAAAAUCAAUUUAUUUUUACCUUAUUUAAAUGAAUUUAUUAAUUUAAUUCAAAAAAAUGGUUUUAUUCAACAAAUUGAAAAUAAGUACGAAGAUCAAUUAUUUGUUUUUCAAAAUAUUCUUCUAGAAAAUUUAACUGAAAAACAAUUUCCAAAUGAAAUUUCGAAUUUAAAAGAAAGUUUAGUCGAUUGUUUAAAAGAAAUUUCAAAAGAUAAAAAUUUUAAAGGUAAAAAAGAUGAGAUUUUAACUGAAAUUGAACAUUUAUACAAAUUAAAAAAUGAAAUCAACAUAACAAAAGAUCAAUGGAAUAAAUUCUAUGAAUUUUUACAUCAAAAUUCAUAUUUAGAGAAAGUUACUCAAUACUCGGUUAUUAAAGAGAAAAUCAUGAAGAAAAAUGAUGAUCUCAAAGAGAAUUAUUUUUAUGCAAAUUUAUAUGAUUUCGAACGACAUUAUACCGAUGAAUUUAAGCAAUUUGAAUUAAUAUUUCAAAAGAAUUUUUUAAAAAUAAUUUUAAUUCAACAAGAUCGUGAAAAUGAUGAUUUCUAUUUGACAUUAAAAGAUACGAUUGAUUCAAAUGAUUUUGAAUUACCUAGAACACAAGAUGAUGCAAUUGAUUAUUUAUGGAAUUAUUUCAAAGCGAAUUCAUUUAUUAAAUCGCCAAGUGUUAAUAUCGGUUUAAUUGAUUCGAAAGAAGUUAAUAAAAAACGUGAUGAAAUAAAAAAAGAAAUCAAACUAUUUUUUGAAAAAGAAUUAUCAAACGACAAGAAAAAUGAAUUAGAUCAAGCUGUUAAUUCAGUUUUUAAUAUUAUUGAUCAAACAAUUGGUGAUAUAAAAAAAUUACCCGAUGAGAAAACAAUCGUUAGUUAUCUACAAAUUAAAACAAGUUAUUUUCUUGAUAAUAAAAAAUCAGUACCAGAUGCAUUAGAUGAAUUUAUUGAAUUAGCAUUAGAUGUUAUUUUUCGAUUAGUAGAAAAAAAAGAGCCACCACACUGGUAUGAAAUAGCUGCCGUUGUUACAUUAGGUGUUGUACAAGUCGUAGCUGGCGUUUUAGCUAAAACGUUUAUUCCAAUUGUUGGACAAUUAAUUGGCGAAUUUUUAAUUAGUACUGGUUGUGAUGAUAUUCUAUUUGGUGUACGAUGUGCCAUAUCAGGUGAUUUUAGUUGGGAAAAAUAUUGGGAACAUAAAAAACAAAGUAUGAUAACAAGUGCCCUUACUGCUGUAUUUUUCGUAGCUGCAUCAUAUUUAAAAAAUGCCGCGAAAUUGAAAAGUAUGAAAAAAGCAUGGACUUUUCAAAAGUUAACUGGAGCGAAAAAAUUACACACAGCAGCUGGAGCAUUGGGUAAAACAGCGAAUAUAGGCAAAUAUAUUGGUAAAGAAAUAAUGAAAACAUUAGUUCAAACUGGUUUAUCUGAAUUAACAUCAACGGGAAUUGAUUAUAUGUUAGAUACAAUAUCAAAUACUUAUGAAAUGCAAUUAACAGAAUCGAUUAAAAAUUCAGUUAAUAAGAAAUGGGAUAAAGUUGAAUUUGAAAUCAAAGAAAUAUUUUCUUUAUCUGAAGGAAAUGAUUCAUCACUACGAAUUAUCGACGAUUGUAUUAAUAGAAAAUUAGAAAAUUUACCCGAAGCUACAUUUCUAAAAAGUUUUACAAGUCGAUGUGGUCCCGUUAUGCAAGGUUUAGGAAGAGCAUUAGCUGAUGCUCCAGGAGGAAAAGGAACAAUACAACGUAUAUUCACUUCAUAUGCACCAUCGCUAAUUAAUUUAGGUGUAAAUAUUUAUGAAAUAACGGCUAUGAUUGAUGGAUUUAUGAAAAAUUUAGUCGAUGAUUUAAAAGAUGCGAAAAAACGAUUGACAAAAACAAAUAAACAAUAUGUUUUAACUAAAUCUCAAAAAACUGAUCUUGAAAAAUAUCAAAAGAAUAAAAUUGAUCAAAUUUCAAAUACUUUAAGUGUAACAUUUAAUGAAAAACUUAAAAGUGGUAUUAUUGCACCAAUUGUUAAUUUUGCUGCAAAUAGAUUAAUUAGUAAAGGUAUUCAAUCAAUUGCGGGUGCCGAUCGUAUUGAACAAUUAGCAAAUCGAUUUGAAUUAAUUGAUGCAGCAUCGAAUCCUGACGAUACAAAAACAAAAUAUGCCGAUGAUUUGAAAAUAUUUAUAACCGAAGCUAGAGCCAUUGAUAUUAAAGCUUUUAAUAUUGAUCCAAAGAAUAUUUAUCCAGCAAAUAUUGAUGGACAAAAUUUACAACAAGUUUGGGAUUUAUAUGGUGAUAAAGUUAAAACAUUUAUCGAUAAAGAUGGAAAAAUUUACGUACGAAGACCAUCGUCGAAAGAAUAUUAUCGAAGUGUAAGAGGCGAUAAACCAGCUGGUUUACAUGAACAGAAGAAAAUAUCGGAAUUAUUAGGAUGUACGGUAACAAAAGAUGAAAUGGUUAAUAAUGAACAAAAAUGUAUUUUGAAACGAGCCGAUGAUAUUAAUAUUCUAUUUGUCAUUAAAGAUAAUUUAGAUGGAACAAAACAUGCUGAAAUAUUAGUUGGUGAUAAAUUGAUUAGUAUACAUAACAAUAAUGGAAAUAAAAAUGAUUGUUAUUAUAAUGUUGUAUUAGUGGCCAGUGAAAUGUCUCAAGGUAAAACAUUUGAUGAAGCUAUGAAAAUUCUUGAAGAUAGAAAUGCAGUCAAGGAUUUAAGACACAAAGUAUCAUUGGCGAUGAAAAAUGAUGAGAAAAUAUUGAAAGAAUUUCGAUGGACAAAUCAAACUGAUUUAACAUCACAUUUUGAUAGUUUAACUGGUCUUCGACAAAAUCCUGACAAUUUAAAAUUAGAAGUAAGUGAUGAGGAUGUGACGAACACCAAGGACUGGAUUAAUCGGGAUAAACGUGAACGACUAGACAAAUUUGAGCGUCAAAAGGGACGCCAGGGAACGUAUGAAGGGGAAAAUUUUCCUGUAACUUUACAUCAUAUAGUGGCACGAGAAACACUUAUUAAUGAAUUAAAAGAAGACAUUAAAGAUCUAAGUGAUGAACAAUUUAAAGAGAAAAUGGAAACUUAUUUGAACGAUCCUAAGAAUGAGAUGAAUAAACAAUUCAUAUUGCAUGAAAUGCGUCAAACGAGACGAGAUCACGAUCUAACAAAACAUCAUCCAGCAAAGGAUAAAACGAUUCUGCGACAAUCAAUUGUAUGGAAUCCAAAUAUUGUCAUUCCUGGACCACCUGGUAGCAAACGUAAAUCUGAUCCAGAUCAUGGUGAUGCUCAGACUCAAAGAAAUAGAGUUGAUGAAGAAUUAAUACCGGAAACUCAUAAAACGAAAUUGAAUAAUACAGAUCCACGAUCAGACAUAUUGCAGUUACUCAGUGACCUAAAUGUCGGUUCCAGAGGAACAGGCAGAUGGCAAAGAGCUUCUACAGCUGAUGGAGGAAAAUUUGUUUAUCAAGAAGAUUUAUCCAGAAAAGGAGAUCAUUCUUAUCUCGACUUUAAAGAUCAGGAUGACAAAGACAAAAGAAAAUUGAACGUAAAAGAUGGAACAUUAAAUUAG